CAGUUAUGACCACACUCCUUCCAGCGGUAGUGAGCUCCAGAGCCGACAUUAAACCGCCGAAGAAGAUGAAGAAGACGUUUCCGGCUUGGUUUGUUUUGGUUGAGUUUCCCUGACAGCGGCAGAUAGCAGUUAGCUUGAAGCUAAACAUGUCAGCCACAGAGGACGACACGGAGCUGCGGGACCUGCUGAUCCAGAACCUGGAGAACAACGGAGUCCUCAACAAACUCAAGGCAGAGAUGAGGGCAGCAGUGUUCCUGGCGAUGGAGGAGCAGGACCGACUGGAGAACAAAACUCCUCUGAUCAACGAGAACCUGAAGAAAUGUCUCAACACUAAAGAUGGCCGCCUGGUGGUCUCCCUGAUCGUGGACUUCCUGCAGGUCUUUAACCUGGACUUCAGCCUUGCUGUGUUCCAGCCGGAGAUCAACUCGCUGAACGGUGUGGACAGUCGGGACCUGGUCUGCAGAGAUCUGGGUCUGUCGGUGUCGGAGGUGAACAAGAACUCUCCUCUGCUGCUGGAGCUGGUCAGGAGAGGACGACACAAAGUCCCCGAGGAUGUCGGUCGCCCCCCCGAGGAGAAGAUCAGCGCUCCACCGGUCAGUAAGGAUCUGGGGGGCGACUCGUCUCUGGGGAAAGCAGACUUCCAGCCGACGGGCUUCAGACUCAGCGAGGCGUCUGACAGGAAGAGGAACCAGGACCAGGACCCGGACCAGGACCCGGACCCGGACCAGGACCCGGACCAGGACCAGGACCAGGACCAGGACCUGGACCUGGACCUGGAGGUGGAGGACGAUCACGAUGAAGGAGACUCCUUCUUCGAUGACCCGCUGCCCAAACCACAGAAAACCUACGGCUGUUUUGUCCCCCUGAGGGAGGAGUGUCUCUCUGGGCCCGUCCUGUCCCACCUGAGGCGAGGCAAAAGCCUCAGCGAUCUGUCUGUCCAGGCUGCUGACUCGGAGGACGAGCCUGAUGAUGGUCUCUCUGAACACAGUCACACCUCUGAGCUCAGGAAGGUGGAGGGGCCCGGGGCCAGAGUGAGUCCAGCGGGGUCCCUGUCAGAGGCCCCGAGACCCAGAGGGGGCAGCAGCACCUCAGAGAAGAGCCACAGCAGGAACACUCACAGUUUAAAGGCAGCGUUGAGCUCCAGAGACCGAGGCCUCAGAGACGAUAAAACUGGAUCUCUGCAUUUAGAUGACGACGUUGAAUACGACGAUGACUUCAACAGCCAUCGGUCAGAUCUGUCCCGGAGCGAGAUCAGCAUCGGGGAGGAGAUAGAGGAAGUUUCCAUCGAGGGACCCGACAACAGCGACAAGUUUGAUGACAUCACUCAGGACCUGAGCGUCUCUCAGCUGAGCCAGAGUCACGGAGCUGACUACAUGGAGGAGGUGGCCUGACCCCGCAUCCCAGCAUGCACCUCUUCGUAUCGCCCCAAUAUUUAAGUCUGUACAGUUUCAAUGAGAGAAAUAAAACUUUGUUUGUAUUGAGA